UGUUUAACUGGCUACCAAUUGUGGAUAAUAUCCAAUUUUCUCCUCGAACAUUUCGUAUUCAUUCAAGUCAUCGCCUUCUUUGCAGCUAAGCCAUCAAUAACCAUGAAGCAAGAGUUAAUGGAAGGCAACCGAUCAGGGAAUAUGAUCGAGAUGAUGGUGAAGUCUUAUGAGCAGAUGCUCGAGAGAAGGCGGCUCUUCUAUUGUCCAAGUUCUAUUCGCGACAUUCUCGGCGGAACAGAGCCCACGAUGAGACCUGCAUGUUAUUUUGGUGAGCGAGUUAGACGUGAUCGCCUGCGAGUUGAUAUUGCGUUGUUAGUGGAAUUUCUGAAUUCCAUCUCUCCAUUUCCACUUUUGGAUUUGGAUGACAAGGUUGCCCUCAUGAAACGUUUUUCCGUUUCGUUCUCUAUCUUGGAAAAAUAUUACAUCACUAUGCGUGUUGGAGGGCUACAAACUAACAGGCUAGUUCUGAUAUUUCACAGCGACGGGACCUACUCGGAUCUCAAUGAUCCGGAUUCAAUAGCAAAGGAAGCUAAUAAAGUUUCGGGUGGAGGUGUAGACAAAGAAACCUUGAACAAGCUUUUCGUCCAGACGUUGAAAGAUUUUUUGCUGGAGUUAUCCGUACCUAUGUACCACAAUAAAAUGACUGAUGUGGAAUUUUGCGCUUUGAACGCCAUAUUGCUUUUUGAUCCAGCGGCUCCUGGGCUUAGCGCAGUCGCUAGCCAUGUCGUACGCCAAGCUCGCGACCGAGUCUACAACGAUUGGUUUGGACAUUAUCAGGAAACUGGUGUGGAGGACAUUGGGCAGAGAGUUGGAAAUACUAUGCUUUUGUUGCCUGCUGUUCAGACCAUAGUCGACACUACGCAAGAGAAUUUUCGACUGAUUCAGAUCUUCGAUCUAUUUCAGUACGACAAAAUCCUCGACGAACUGAUGUACCUGGAUGAUUAG